CAAUCAUUUGUGUACAUCAUUCAUCAUAUUGGCUGUACAUAAAGUUGUUAACAUGGAUGUGUGCACUCCAAGAAUAUUUCAAAAAUUUCUAUAUUCUUACAUCUCAGGCAAAAACAAAGAUCAAACAGUGCUCAGAAGAAGAUUGUAGAAAUCACUUCUAGGAAAGAAAGCCAAUCUAGUUCAUCAAUAACAGUCAAAUCAGACUCCGACUACAGUGAAAGUGGUCUUCAGUCAAUCGCAACAGUAUCUGGUGUAGACUGUGUCAUUGAAGACCCCAACAAACCAGCCCAAAAGCCUUCAGUUCCACUGAUAAAYAUUCAGAAUGAGAAAUAUUCACGGUGGCACUCAGAGAAUGAUGUGACAAGGAUGUCGACCGAGAGUUCUUCUUCCAAUGGGCCUUCAGAAAAGGGACAAACUGAGAUUAACAUGGGAAAUAGGAAUGAAAUAAUGAAAAAGAAAGAAAGAGAAAGAGAAGUGAUCAGGAAACAAAUGGCUCAGAGAAGAAAAUCUGCCUCAGAAAAACCAGUGACAAAGGAUAGAGUUGUUGAGAUUAAAGUGAAGCAUGUUGUUAAGGAAGAGAGUCAUGUGUUGGUGAAGAAAUCRGUACGACAAGUAAGGAGUGCUGGCUCAUCCAGAACACCUGCGAAUGAGGCCAAACCUGUAAUCAGAAGUAGACCAUUGCCCCAACCUCCAGUUACCAAGCCCAAAACAUCAGUUAAUGAAGCACCAUUAUCAAGAAGCCCCAGAGCAAGAAGACGCUACAAAAUAGGCUCAAGAUCACACUCAAUAGAAGGGAAAAAUAAAAAUGAAGAAGAAGAAGAUGAUGAUGAUGACGAUGACGAUGAUGAUAAAAGUACUGCAUCAGUUGAUUCUAAUAAAAGUUCCCAAUCUGUCAGUGAUUCAAAUAAGCUAACGGCAAGAGAAAGACGCCGCCUAAAACAAAGCCUAUCUGGAUCACCUAUCCAUCGCUCUUCAGAUCCGUACAAUACCCCACCUCUCCCCUCCCCCCUGGAAAUACGAAAUAGAAAGUCUCAAGAACGAUCUAGUAAAGAGACUCCACGAUCCUCUGUUACUCCCAGCACGCCACAAGACUCUGUUGACGGUCCUCCCAGGAAAGCUAAACUACAGAUAGAAUCGGAAUCUUCAGAGGAUGAAAGUAAUGGCUCCGAUCUCGAAGAGAUUAGUAUGGAUGA